GGACCCUCUGCCAGAGCACACUGUCUCUGCGCCUGGCUCCCCCGAGCAGCAGCAUGUGGUCGCUGUGGCUCUGCUGGGCAGUGUGGGCACUGCCCCUGACCGGCCCCGCAGCCGCCCUGAGCGAGGAGCAGAUCCGGGACAGCCUGCUGCAGCAGCUGCACCUCAGCGAGGUGCCUGUGCUGGACAAGGCGGCCAUGGAGGAGCUGGUCAUCCCUGCCCACGUGAGGGCCAAGUACGUGGCCCUGCUGCAGCGCAGCCACAGGGUCCUCUCUCGAGGGAAGAGGUUCAGCCAGAAAUUCCAAGAGGUGGCCGGCAGGCUCCUGGCGUCCGAGGCCUCCCGGCACCUGCUGGUGUUCGGCAUGGAGCAGCGGCUGCCGCCGGACAGCGAGCUGGUGCAGGCCGUGCUGCGGCUCUUCCAGGAGCCGGUCCCCAGGGCGGCGCUCCGCAGGCAGGAGCGGCUGUUCCCGCGCAGCGCCCGGGCGCGGGUCACCGUCGAGUGGCUGCGCGUGCGCGACGAUGGCGCCAACCGCACGUCGCUCAUCGACUCCAGGCUGGUGUCCCUCCACGACAGCGGCUGGAAGGCCUUCGACGUGACCGAGGCGGUGAGCCUGUGGCAGCAGCUGAGCCGCCCGCGACAGCCGCUGCUGCUGCAGGUGUCGGUGCAGCGCGAGCACCUGGGCCCGCUGGCCUCGGAGGCGCACAGGCUGGUGCGCUUCCCUGCCAGAUGUCUGCCCUGCCUCAUCUGGGCCUCCUCCCAGCUGACCGCUGACCCUGCCUCUUCUUGUCCCUGCAGGGCUCUGGGUGACUGCGACACUGAGGCACCAGCCACCGAGGGCACCCUUUGCUGCCGCCAGGAGCUGUACAUCGACCUGCAGGGGAUGAAGUGGGCCGAGAACUGGGUCCUGGAGCCCCCGGGCUUCCUGGCCUACGAGUGCGUGGGCUCGUGCCAGCAGUCCCAGGAGUCCCUGCCCUUCCAGUGGCCGUUUCUGGGCCCACGGCAGUGCAUUGCUUCGGAGACAGCCUCGCUGCCGCUGAUUGUCAGCAUCCAGGAGGGAGGCAGGGCCAGGCCCCAUGUGGUGAGCCUGCCCAACAUGAGGGUGCAGAAGUGCAGCUGCGCCUCGGACGGGGCGCCCUUGCCCAGGGAGCUGGGGCUAUAGGUGCCCAGUGUAGUCUCCACAGACUUGGUUCUGUCAGAACUCUUCCAGGGCACGAAAGGAGAAGGGGUGGAGGGAUUACUGGGUGGCUGGCUGAUGGGCAGAUGCUCCAUGUUCCUUAGUGGGCUCUGCUUUGCCCACCAAAGGAUGGACACCAAGGCUGUGAUGGGACCUCUGGACACUUCUGGAACAGUCAGCUCCUUAUAGCUUUGACAUCCAGGGGCGAGACUCUGGCUACCUGGUCAUCCUUGCCCCAUCUUCUCUGUCUGUGAUACAUUCAUUGCACUCUUUCCUAAGCACUUGCAUUUCUGGAUGUAAUUCAAGGCCAACCUUGUUCUCCCUUACUUGACCUCUGGAUCUGUAUUGAGCUCUGUGGUUUGGUCAAGAGAGCAGCCUUCCUGGGCUUAAGUCCUGGGCUCAUGUGUAGGUGUGUAGACCUCACCCUGGUAACAAGGGCGCAAGAAUUGAAAUGCAGUCACAGGCUACUCGCUGUGCUGCCUGGCCUCUAAGAAUUGAGGGAGAAAAUUAUCUUUCUUUUUUUUUUUUUACAUAAAGGGGCAUUUUUAUUUUUCUGGACAGUGGAUGCAAUCCCAAUUUUACUUUCAUCAAAAUAAAAAAAAAAGCUCAAUGAGAUGUAAUCAUGUAGUCCAUUAAUAUGGCCCUUCUCACCAUAAUUCCCUAUGUUGUAUAUUAUAAUUCUGGACUUUAUGCCUAUAGCUAUAAUUCCAUUUUGAAAGAAGUUCACUGCUAUAUUCAUGGACAGGUUUAAGGUGGUUAAAUCUUGACCUUAUUAGAGGGUGUGAACUAAAUCAUGCCCGUUGUUCUAUUGGAAGCGGGGAGCAUAUCUUUGAAUCUUCUAGUGAGUGUGAUGUAAGACAACAUCCUUCAUUUUCCAUGGAGAUAUGGUCAGUUAAAAAAUAAAAACCACACCUCUAUCAAAGCCAUCCCUGGGAGUAAGAGCCCUCUCAGACAGAAAGCCCAGGAUCAUGGGAAGAAUAUGUUCCAGAUUGAUCUGAAGUGAAGGUGGCUGAGACCAGAGGCACUAGCCUAGAUACUGUCACAGAGACUCAGAGGGGCCGUCUGGGCACCCCGGGGCACCUUCUCCUUGCCAGCCUGAGACUGGGACUGUCAGACAAAGCAACAUGUGGGCCAGCUUGCUGGUCCAGAAAGGCAGAAGCCAAGGGACCCCCUGGCUGAGAGGCUGAUCACCAGAGAAGAGAUGUGGAUGCUGUCCAAGGAGAGGUGUUGCUACAAACUAAUGGUUAUCCUGACUCCUGGCUGAUCCUGACUCACGGUAACCUAUUCACUUCGCUAUUUUGAGUUCUGUGUGGCCAUUGCAAUGAACUCUUGAACCCAACAUGGCAGUAGGGUGCAUGAGAGAAACCGGUUGGUGUCAGAUAGGUAAAGAAGGAUGGAGAAAGGAUGCAUAUCUGACCCCUGCCUGGUGGCAAUAGGGAAGCCAGGGGAGGUCCAAUACGACCCCACUUAUCAAAAUGUAUCAUCAAUACAACAUGAAUUUGGGUUAGUCCAUUAAAUUUUGGGCCAGUCCAAGGGAGAAAAUGUUGAAAAUGUUGAGUAGAAUGUAAAGAUUACUGGCACCUGUAUGUGGUGACAUUUGGUCCUUGGUGGGACAUGGCUAUUUUGGUUUCCUUGCCUGUCAGGAUCGGUCUUAUUAGCUGCAAAUUGGUUUCUCUAAAUCUUCAUUUCCAUCUCUUUCAAAUAAAGACAAUUGCUGAUACCCAUA